AUGUCACCUCAUUAUAUUAGUGUAAUAGAUAAAUAUUUUAGCCAAUUCGAUGUUUGUAGAUUGGCUGAAUUAAAGCGGAAGAUAAGGCAUCAUAAUGAUGCUAAUAAUCUGAAUUCUGCCUUAAU